AUGACAGAGGCGCCCAAGUACUACGUGGCUCCAACUUACUAUACCGCUGCUGCCCCGUCUUACUACGCCGAGCCGACAUACUACGCUACCCCUAGUUAUUAUACAACGGCUGCUCCUUCGUACUACGUGGAACCUACUUACUACACUACAACUUAUGCUGCCUCGUCUUACUACACAGAGGCUCCUCAAUACUACUCUACGAAGGCUGUGGAAUACUACACCACCACUUACGCCGCUCCAGCGUACUACACUGAAGCUCAACAAUACUAUACUACAAAGGCUGCCGAGUACACAACAUCUGCUGCGCCAGGCUACUAUACCGAGCCUCCCAUGUACUAUACCACAACAUACGCCGCUCCAGUUUACUACACCGAAGCUACCAAGUAUUAUUCAGCCCCAAGCUAUUACCAGACUGAGGCGCCACAAUACACCACAAUGUAUGCUGCUCCAGUUUACUACACGGAAGCUCCGCAAUAUUACACCACAAAGGCUCCUGAAUACUACACGACUAAAGCCCCGGACUACUACACCACCAAGGCUCCCGAAUACUACACCACGGCCAGCUACUACACCACCAAGGCCCCUGAAUACUACACCACCAAGGCUCCUGAGUACUACACCACCAAGGCUCCUGAGUACUACACCACCAAGGCUUCCGAGUACUACACCACCAAGGCUUCCGAGUACUACACCACCAAGGCUUCCGAGUACUACACCACCAAGGCUUCCGAGUACUACACCACCAAGGCUUCCGAGUACUACACCACCAAGGCUUCCGAGUACUACACCACCAAGGCUUCCGAGUACUACACCACCAAGGCUUCCGAGUACUACACCACCAAGGCUUCCGAGUACUACACCACCAAGGCUUCCGAGUACUACACCACCAAGGCUUCCGAGUACUACACAACAAAGAAGGCCGAGUAUUAUACAACAACAUAUGCUGCUCCCAGCUACUAUACAAAACCUCCACAGUAUUACACGUCCAAAUCGCCGGAAUACUACACUACAGCCUCCUACUACACAACUACGUAUGCUGCUCCGACGUACUACACAACGACAUACGGUACACCGAGCUAUUCAGCUGAAGCUGCCCCUACAUAUUAUGCUGCGCCCAGCUAUACCACCACUACAGUUGCCUACUACACGACAACAGAAGCAGGCAAAUAUUAUGUAGCUCCAGCAUACUACACCGCAGCUGCCCCGUCUUACUACGCUGAGCCGACAUACUAUACUGAAGCCCCGAAGCCUUACGCUGCCCCAAGUUACUACACAACGGCUGCUCCUUCGUACUACGCGGAACCUACCUACUACACCACAACUUAUGGUGCCCCGUCUUACUACACAGAGGCUCCUAGUUACUACACCACAACGGCUGCUCCUUACUACACCACAACCUACGCCGCUCCAGCAUAUUACGCCGAGGAACCCAAGUACUACACUACAAAGGCUCCCGAGUACACAACAAUGUAUGCUGCCCCAAGCUACUAUACCGAGCCAACCAAGUAA